AUGAAACGAGGUUAUUAUUAACGUGUACUGUGUAACUAUAUAGACGCUUCAUUAUGGUCUUUGACAGUUCACACUGAAUCCUUUCACUAAAAGUCAAAACAAAGCAGCAGCAGCAGCAGCUAUAGAUCAAAGCCUGGUGUCACUAAAAAGCUAGAAUAUUGGAAAAUGGAGGUUGUAUCUGCAAUAAUUAGUCCUAUUGUUGAAUCAUUAAUGGGUCCUGUAAAAAAACAGCUGGGAUAUAUCUUUUCCUUCACAAAACAUGUAAGGAACAUGAAUACUAUAAUGAAGCAACUGGAUGGUACAAUACUUGAUGUCAAAAAGCACAUAGAAAGAAACAACAUUAGUAAUCUGGAGAUACCUGCUCGUAUACCUGGUUGGUUGGAAGAAGUCGAAAAGACCAAAGAAAAAGCUCAAACCAUUUCAAGUACUGGGAAUGGAUGUUUUAACUUGAAAAUGAGGCAUCAAGUAGGAAGGAAUGCAUUCAAGAUCAUAGAGGAGAUGAAAAGUUUUAUUGAUGAAAACAAUAAGAUAACUUGGAGUGAUGCUCAAAGACCACUUGGGAAAGUGAACUCGAAAAUCGCAUCUAGUUCUGCACCUUUGGAUGGUGAUGCCCAAAAUCACUUCAAAUCAAGAGAGAGGACCUUCAAGGAUGCGCUCGGGUUUCUUCAACAAGAUCACAAGAGCCAAGUGAUAGCCCUAUGUGGAAUGGGAGGUGUGGGGAAAACCACUAUGAUGGAACAAGUGAAAAAGACUGCAGAAGAUAAGAAAAUGUUUGAUUAUGUUGUGAAGGUGGUUAUUGGGCAACAAAUUAACAUGUUUUCUAUUCAGCAAGCUAUAGCAGAAUAUAUGGGUCAAUCCCUCACUGAAACGAGUAAAACAGCAAGAGUAGAUCGUCUUCGUAUAACAUUUGGGAACCUUCCAGAAGGUAAAAGAAAGGUUUUAGUGAUAUUUGAUGAUGUAUGGGAGACUAUUGAACUCAAAGAUAUUGGACUGAGUCCUUUGCCCAAUGGCUUCAAGUUGUUGCUGACAUCACGAAAUGAAAAUAUUUGCAAACAAAUUGCAGUAGAAGCUAAUUCGGAUUCGACACUAGUUCGAGUGGAUGUGAUGGAGGAGCUUGAAGCACAUAAUUUCUUUUGGCAAAUCACAGGAGUUUCAAAACAACAUGAUAUGGAGCUGAAUCAAAUAGGAAGUGAAAUUGUGAGAAGAUGUGGUUUUUUGCCCCUUGCCAUUAAACUCAUCGCCAAAACCCUUCAAUUUCAUGAAGUUUCUGCAUGGAGAGAUACUUUUCAACGGUUGAAGAAGAAGAAUCUUGAUGAGAAUGUGCAAGAAGUUAUUAAGAUAAGCUAUAAUUAUAUAAAAACAGAGGAGGAAAAGGUGAUUUUUCUUCUGUGUGGCUUGUUUCCUGAUGACUUUAAUAUUCCAAUCGAGGAACUCACAAGAUAUGCAUGGGGCCUACAGUUAUUAAGUGAAGUAUCUACUUUGGGAGAGGCUAGAGACAGGACAAAAACAUGUGUGCAGAAUCUUAGAAAUGCAAAUUUAUUGAUGGAUAGUGAUUACAUUGGGUGUGUCAAAAUGCAUGAUCUUGUGCUUGCUUUUGUGUUAAGUAGAGUUUCUAAAGGUGACCAUGCAUGGAUAAUCAACCAUGGUGAUAUUUUAAAGCGGAGUAGAGCUGAAGUGGAAGAUUCUUGCAAAAGAGUUUCUAUUACUUGCACAGGAAUGUCUGAGUUUCCUGGUGACUCUGAGUACCCAAACUUGUCACUUUUGAGACUUAUGAAUGGAGAUAAGUCGCUUAAGUUUUCUCAAGGUUUUUAUGAAAGAAUGGAAAAUCUUGAAGUUGUAGCAUAUGAAAAAAUUCAGUAUCCAUUGCUUCCCAGAUCACUUGAAUGCUCCACCAAGCUACGAACACUCAUUCUCCAUCAGUGCUUAUUGAUGUUUGAUUGCUCUGCUAUUGGUGAACUCUUGAAUCUGGAAGUGCUUAGUUUUGCUCAUUGUGGCAUCAAAAAGUUACCAUCCACAAUCGCAAAGUUGAAGAAGCUAAAGCUUCUGGAUUUGACAGGGUGUCUUAAUCUUCGUAUUGAUGACGGUGUCUUGAAGAAUUUAGUCGAGCUUGAAGAGCUUUAUAUGAGAGUUGCGUGUGGAAAGGCUAUUUGCUUCACAGACAACAAUCGUGCUGAAUUAGCAGAGCUUUCAAAGCACCUUUCGGCAUUAGAAGUUGAGUUCUUUGACAACAAGGAUACGCCCGAGAAUAUGGUGUUUACUAAACUUAAAAGGUUCAGGAUCUGUAUGGGAUGUGGUUUAGAAUACAAUACUCGCAAAAAUAUGCAUUCAUUUGAAAACACGCUGAGGUUGGUGACUAACAAAAAUGAGCUAUUGGAAUCUGGAAUGAAUGAGUUGUUUGAGAAAACUGAGGUGCUUUAUUUGGAGGUGGAUGGUAUGAAUGAUCUUGAAGAAGUUUUAGUGCAAUCAGUUCAUCUUCCUCGACAGGCAUUUAAUAAUCUAAGAGCCCUUGAUGUUAUCAAGUGUGCAAACUUAAGAUACCUCUUCACAGUCCCUAUUGCAAAUGGUUUGAUGAAGCUUGAGCGCCUCACGGUUUCACAAUGCUCUGUUCUGGAAGUACUUGCACAUAGUGAGAAUGGUGGAGAUGGGGUAAUCAAGUUUCAGGGGCUAAAGUUUCUAUCUUUGAAGAAGCUACCAGAGCUGAUAGGUUUUAGCAACAUUGAUAUUGUUAUUGAGCUACCACAGCUGCUGGAGUUGAGACUUGAAGGCCUUCCUAAUUUCACAAGUAUUUAUCCUCAGAAAACAUCUGCAACAUCUUCUAUGUCCAGUAAUGUCUCUGCAAUUCAACCUUUCUUUAACAAACAGAUGCUGAUUCCUAAGUUAGAGAUAUUGCAAAUUCAUGGUAUGGAUGAGCUGAAAGAGAUAUGGGCUUAUCAAUUUAGUAUUAGUGACGAAGUUAAUGCCUGCAUGUUGACAAAGAUUGAAGUGAAGGAAUGUGAUAAUCUUGUGAAUUUGUUUCCAACCAAUCCCAUGUCUUUGCUUGGUCGUCUGGAAGAGCUUCAUGUUUCUGAAUGUGGAAGCAUUGAAGUCUUAUUUGACAUGGACGUGAGUUGUAUUGGUGAAAUUGAAGAAUUCGGUAGCAAGUUGAAACACAUUAAAGUAUAUAGGUUGGAUAAGCUAAGAGAGUUGUGGAGGAUGAAAGGGGAAAGUAGCUUUGAUAUCCUCAUUCAUACCUUUCAAGCUGUUGAAAAUAUAGAAAUAAGAAGGUGUGAGAGGUUUGUAAAUGUAUUCACACCUGCUGUCUCCAAAUAUGAUGUGAGAACACUUAUGAAUGUGAGUAUAGAUGGUAGGAGACCUUGUGAAUCAAGCAGGAGAAACAUUCAAUUUGCUCAGAAAAGCCAGGAGCUUAAUGUUAUAUCCAAGGCAGAGGUGAAUAAUAAUAUUCGUGACGUUGAAUCCUCAAUUCAUCCCAUACCUUUUCUUAAUCACCUUGAAAGACUUAAUGUAGAAGACUGUGAAGAUGUUGAAGUGGUGUUUGAGAUAGAGAGUUCCAGUAUCAGCAGCAGCACAGAUUUCACAACAACUCCGCAUAAAUAUAAUCAUCAACCACCACUACUACUUCCCUCUCUCAAGGUUUUAGAUUUACAAUAUAUGGAGAGUAUGAGUGAUGUGUGGAAGUGCAAUUGGAAGAAACUUGUAAUUCCUCAAAACCAAUCACAAUCCUACUCAUUCCACAACCUCACACGAAUAAACAUGGGUUUCUGCAAUAGCAUAAAGUACUUAUUUUCACCUCUCAUGGGCAAACUUCUUCCCAACUUAAAGGAGGUCCGCAUAAUUUUUUGUGAUGGUAUUGAAGAAGUUGUUUCAAGUAGAGAUAUUAAUGAUGAAAAUGAAGAAAUAAUAUCUUCUACUCACACAAACACCAUCUCCUCCUUCCCUCUUCUUGAGAUGCUCGCCCUUGGGGCUCUGCCACGCCUCAAGAGUAUCGAUCAGUUCCAGUGUUCUCAAGUCGAUGUUGCUUCUUGGUUCUUAUGCCAAUACUCCAAAAAGAUUUCUAUAAGUUAUUGCUAUGCCUUGUCAAGAGUGUUUCCAUCUUAUGUAGUGGGACAAUUGAAUAAACUUGAAGAGUUGAGAAUAUCAGAAUGUGGGUCAAUUGUGGAGAUAUUUGAAAUUGAAGGGGCCAACAGCAAUGGUGUUGAUAGUAUUACUAAUGUUGGUGAUGGAAGUGAUGCAAUCACCAUCCCCAGGUCGGCAAAUAUGACUUUUCUUCAAUUGCCCAACCUAACAAUAUUGUAUAUACAUAAAUGUGAAGUUUUAGAAUAUAUAUUCACAAGUUCGACACUUGAAAGCUUUAAGCAACUCAAAGAAUUGACUGUAAUAAAAUGCAAGGCAAUGCAAGUGAUUGUGAAGGAAGAUGGAGAGCACAUAGAAAAAUCUAAGUCUAUAAUAGUCUUCCCACGUCUCAAGUCCCUUAAACUAACAGAUUUACCAGAUCUCAAGGGUUUCUUCUUGGGGAUGAAUGAGUUCAGGUGGCCAGUAUUGGAAAAGGUUAAGAUUUAUGGCUGCCCGCAAAUGAUGAGUUUCACAUCUGGUCACUCAAAGGCUUCGAAGCUCAACUACAUACAUACAGGAUUAGGCAAGCAUAGUCUUGAUCAAUGUGGCCUCAACUUCCAUUUGACCAAUGAGACUCAACUCUCAAUGUGCUCUACUCCAGCUAUGAUAAAGCUAGUUCAGUUCCCUUGGUCCUUUUCAAAUUUAGUUGAAGUAGAUGCACAAAAGAGUGACAUAUUGUUGAAAAGCAGCAUAGUUUUUCCAUGUAAGGAGUUGCUUAAUUUGAAGAAUCUUGAAAAGCUUUCUAUUACCAAUGCCUAUCAAUCUGUAGUAGAGGAGGUAUUUGAAGUAACAAACGAUGAUGUGAAUAUUGGAACACAAUCUGUUGUGGCAUUUCAAAAGCUAAAAGAGGUGACUUUGGGUGGAAUAAGUAAUUUGAAGCAUAUGUGGAAGAGCCAUAGGUGGAUAGUGUUGAACUUUCCAAACCUUACAAAGGUGUCGAUUGUAAGUUGUAAGCUUCUUGGACAUGUUUUCAGUAGUUGCAUGAUUGGCAGUCUAUUGCAGCUCCAAGAGCUAAUUAUAAGUGAGUGCAAGAGUAUGGAUGUGAUUGUCAAGCAAGUUGAAGAUUCUGAAACUAGACCGACCGAGGUUGUGUUCCCUUGUCUAAAAACCAUCACACUUCAUGAGCUUCCAAAUCUCAAGGGAUUUUGCUUGGGGAAGGAGGCUUUUCAAUGGCCAUCGUUAGAUACUUUGAAAAUCAAAGAUUGUCCGGAAAUAAUAGUUUUCACAAAUGGUCAAUCAACUACUCCGGAGCUGAAGUUAAUAGAUACAACUUUUGGAUUGUGUCAUACAACGGAAGACCCAAACUCCUUUAUAAAGACCUAUCAACAAGAGGGAUGGCAGUUCUAGAGAAACAUCAAAUUCACACGUGCAGUUUGGUGUAUUUUCAAGUUUGCUAUAUAACACUUAGUUUCCUUUGUCCUAAUCAUGUACAUGCUUCUCUACCUUAUUAUCUGAUUGAAUCGACUUCUUGUCAGAGUUUCUUAUGCUUAAUAUUUCAAUUCAAAUUAUCGAACUUCUAGUAUCAUGUAAUCUCAUGUAUUUGAUUAAUCUGUGACCAACAUAGCUAUAUUUAUGCAAGUUUUUCUUGAUUGGUUUGUACAUAUUCCACUAUUUUAAAUAGUGCAUAAAAUUUUGGGGGAUGAAGGUGCAUUGAAUAAUAAUCCAUUGAUGAAACUUUCUUAGCUCGUACUGGGCAAGAAACAAAAGAAAAGGAGCGAACCUAAUUUGCUAUAACAUAAAACUUCCUGUAAUUCAACACAUCUGUGCUCUUAAUUUUUAUUAACACCAAGUGUUUGAUAAAAUUCUUCAAUGAAAAAAGAUCCCUAAAGUUUUGGCUCCUCUUUUAAGUUGAGUGUAUUAAACUAUUAAUGUUUGUUUUGUAUAUGAGCACUUCAUUCUUGAAGAAGCGAGUCCAUUUCUCUCUUGUAAGUUGAGUGUGUCACCCAAGGAUGUUUUCUUUGCAAAGAUCAUAGGCAAUGUAUAACAUCAUCAUAACAUUAUCUAAACUCUGAAAUAAAAACAAUAAAAUUUGGUUACAGAUCUUUUGUUCGAUGCAGGUUUUCAUCGCCCUAUUCAAUCAAUCUAAAUUACAAUGAUGCUACUCUUGAAUCCCUCUCUGAAUCAUCCAUAAUCAACUCGAAGCUUCACACUAAUUCCUUUUCUUCCCCUUGAAAACUAGUAUAUGACAUCUUGUUGCACAUAUGGGAAAGAAGUGGAGAUCAAGAAAUAUGGAGUACAAAAGCUAUUUGCGUAUUUAGUACGACUUUCUGCCAUUUCUGUAAGACUAUGCGGAGUGGGUGCAGUUUCCACUGUGGUUUGUGACCGUGUCAAUGGAGAACACCGCCCCUAGCAUGCGGUUUAAACCGCACUCCCUUCCCCCACGGCUGUUUAUUACCACAUUCUUUUCUCUCUCUCUCUCUUCUUAUUUUUAGUUUGGGUUGUUUUAAAAUUCCUAAAUGGACUAUGCAUGGGCUACAAAAACACACACAUACAAUUGAAACAAAUCCAGGGAGUAUUUCUAUUUUCUUGUGCUUUGUUUUUUAUUUAUUUUUUUUGUUAAUUUAAAUUAUUCUAGUAUAUUGAACAUGACAAGUAUUGAGGUUAUGCUUUUUAUUAAAAAUAAAUUGUUUUAUAAAAUUAAAAAAAUAUAUGUUUGCCAUUGUUCCCACUGGCACUUUAAUUAAUAAAGUUUUUUUUUUUCCUUUGUAAGUUAUUUUAUUUGAGUUUAUUUUAUAAGUUAUUUUAAUCGUUUCAUGUGUGUGUGUUUUUUUUAAGUUUGCAGUAUUUUUUUUUUAAAUUUCAUUUUUUUUUUAAAUUUUAUUUUAAGCAAUGCAAUGCAAUGUUUUUUUAUUUUGAAGUAAUUAAAUUUUAUGUUUUUUUUAAUUAAAAAUGAAGUCAUAUCUAAUUUAAAUCCUUAAAAAAAUAUGGCACCACUCCUUAGGUGUGACAAGGAACCAUACUUUUGUGGUAAAAGCUGACAUGGUGCUUACGUGGCAAUGAAGGGAGUGCGGUUUCUGUGGCACCACUCCCUCCAGGCUAAUGACUGAUUCGUCCAAUAUAAAGUUUAAAAACAAGAUAUUAUCAAUUGAAAA